UGUGCCAAGGUGGCAGCACUCUGAUCAGGCCUUUUUAAUAAAACUGCACUUCACUGUUCGGCCAUCACAGUUCUGGCAGGUAAUCACACCUACAGAAUAUUUUGCAAAGUCCGCAACCAGAAAAGCUUCAAGUCUCGCGAGAUCGCCGGCUGCUGGGAGUUUGGAAGAAGGCUACCAUCAUGGCGGAUAGAGACAGUGGAAGCGAGCAAGGGGCGGCCAGCUCGAGCUUGCAACAGCUGCAGCAGGAGACGCAGGAAUUGGCUUCCAAGAGGGUGGACAUUCAGAAUAAGCGCUUCUACCUGGACGUGAAGCAGAAUGUGAAAGGCCGAUUCCUGAAGAUAGCAGAGGUGGGAGCGGGAGGCAAUAAAAGUCGUCUAACUCUCUCCAUGUCUGUUGCUGUGGAGUUCCGCGACUACCUGGGAGAUUUCAUCGAACAUUACGCACAGCUCGGCCCCAGCAACCCGGACAUGCAGACAGAUGAGCCGAGGCGAGCUCUGAAAAGUGAAUUCUUGGUGCGGGAAAACCGCAAGUAUUACAUGGAUUUAAAAGAGAAUCAACGGGGCCGGUUCCUACGGAUUCGUCAGACCGUAAACCGGGGACAUGGCCUUGGUUCCCAGGGUCAAACUAUCGCCCUCCCCGCUCAGGGGCUGAUUGAAUUCCGUGAUGCACUCGCUAAACUAAUCGACGAUUAUGGCAUCGAAGAGGAACCAACUGAGCUGCCCGAAGGGACAUCGCUCACUGUGGACAACAAGCGAUUUUUCUUUGACGUUGGGUCAAACAAGUAUGGCGUUUUUAUGAGAGUAAGUGAGGUGAAACCAUCGUACCGCAAUUCUAUCACGAUACCAUACAAAGUGUGGGCCAAGUUUGGAAAUACUUUCAGUAAAUACGCAGAGGAAAUGAAGAAAAUACAGGAGAAACAGCGGGAGAAAAGGUCUGAACAGCAAGAGGAAGCUCCCGGAGAUGAUGGGGAGGAAGACUGAUAUAACUGUAAUUAAAAACUCUUCCUGUAAAACUGUAACUGUUUAACUCCGAGGGAGCACCACCCACCAAACCUCCACAACUGACAGUUCGACUUGUCACCCAUCGCUGGAUGUUCGUCCACUUAUCAACCGUGUAAACCGUAAGCAGCUGCUAAGUAAUAACAUUAUGAACUGUGUUUCCUACUUGAUAAAAAAAAACUGAGUGUUUAUUUCCCUGAUUAACCAAGACUUUUGUACACGUUCAAGCUAUUAAAAGUGUUUGCAAUCGUCAGAUAAUAUGCUGAAUUAUAAUGAAAUAAGUCCUUUUCAUGUGAGCUAACAUUUGACUUAGCACAAAAUGAGAGAUAUUUUAGAAGAACACGUAAAUAAUAUUUUUAGUUUUCUCAUUUUGUUACCAAAUUUCAAACAUUAUACGGAGGUUAUAGUAUAUUUGGCACCCUAUAUACCUGUGAUUAGAGAUGUGUAUAUAUGAGGGCUAGGCAUGCUGUGUGUCUGAGCUUUGUUAAAUGUAAUGCAGAAGUCUGUAGAGUUAAAAGGUACAUAGGUUUAUUCAUGCAAGGUAAAACUAUUAAGAAGUGCUCUCUUUUAUACAAUAUGCAUUGCAUCUGGACCUUAAACAUAAAACUGGUCAGUGGAACUUCUGUGAACAUGAAGCAAAUUAUUAAAAAAGGCAUUUAAAUGAAAACUGCAAAGUUGUUUGAUUUUUACAGACAAAUGUUAACCUAUGAUUAACAAAGCAAGUAGCACAUUUUAAGUUAGGUUAUGAUAAUUUUGCUCUUAACUGUGAAUGUGAGUUUCUGGUAUUUAAUGUAUUUAGAUUAGUUGUCAAAUUAUAUGCAUUCUAUCAGAUGGUACAUAAUUAACAAUUGAUAGGGAACUUUUAAUGUGAGUGCAUUCAUGUAGCAAGCUAUUGCCUAAAUUACUGUUGCCUGUAAAGAGAGGAAAUUGCAUUUAUUUGCUUUGUAGGGGGAAGGGGUCAACUUAACUUAAGUGGAAAUCUGAGUGAGUGACAUGUCAAUUUAUGGGGGCCAACUCUUCCAGAUUACAUUUCCCGUUUGGUUAAUGUUGUAUUUUAGAACAUUCUAAAGGCACAGAUUAUUCUGCACUUUAUAGCAUCACAGUAUUAACAUAUAUAAAUAUAAAUAUAUAUAUAAUUUGGUAUGUUUUCCUUUUUGUAGUACAACCUAUCAAAAUGUUUUACAUGUCUUACUUAUUGCUAGUGACUGUUGCAUUCAUGUGAAUUAUCUGUUGCUGGCAAGUUUGAAGUAUUACAUUCUAGAUCAUUAAUCACUGUAAAAGUCAUGUUUCAUUCUUUCUGGGCUUUCCCCCAGCUUUUUUUUUUCUGUAGUUCUUCAGUCAGUUGUGACCUUGUCAUUUGGGAUUAUGUAGAGAUAAAAUUCUUUGUUAUAUAGUUUAGACUUUGGCUUUCGUGUGGUUUGUUUCUAGAAUUCUACAACCAUUGUGGUAACGUUUUUAGGAUUCUGCUAUUCUGUCGUGAGUAAAGCAAGGGCUGCUUUGUUCUAAACUUGUAACCAAUAAAUCCAGGCUCCAGUCAUUUAAAUUGGAGCCACACCUUGGAUAAGUUUUAAAACCUUCCUGAAUAUUUGUACAGUAUGAUACUGUAUAUACAUAGGGUAUUAAAUAUAACCAUUACACACAUUCAAAUUUCAUGGUUUAACUGAAGUUUAGCCAUUUAUUGUAGAUAUUUGAUAGUUGUGAACCUAGAUAUUUCUCAUCCACCACUUGAUAGUUAUAUGAUUCAACACAUGGCAAUGUGUCAUCAAGUAAUUUUUAUUGUAACAUUUGAUGCAUCAUUUUUGUAUUUUUUUAUAAUACUGAAUUUAACAGACAUUGCCAGUACUUGCCCAGCCAGUUGCCUUUUACUACUUGCAAAAACAAUUAGGUGCUACUGUAAUUUGAGGCAUGUUAUUCAUGUAGCACAACAUUUUAGCAGCACUGUUGUAACUAGUGUGGAAUUGGGCAAUAAAUAUUGCUAACCCUGUCACUGUUCUGUUAUAUAUAAAUAUUAAAAAUUGAAUAUCAGAUUUUGCAGAGGUUUACUUUAAAAUUUAUUUAUAUUGCCUCUGUAUAUAAAUGCAUAAUUCAUUGAAUAUGCAUAUUGAUGAGGCAUCCAACUUUAUUAAUGGAUUUUCAUCCCCAUCACUUCAUUCUUCUGUCGUUUUGAUUUAUCCAAUCCUACUGCCAAACAAGGCAAAGUAAUUCAUACCAGAUUGAUAGAUUCAAGCAGGUUGAGCCUUAAUUUGAAAACAAUUGCAGCAGACAAGAUUAGAAAUGCAAUCAAAUGUAAAUUUACUUUAAUCAAGAUUGUAAAAGCAGUUAAUAACUGUAUAAGCUCAUAAAUCCAAUUCUAAAUAGCUGAAGUCCUUAUUUUAGAUAAUUCACAAACUGUAAUAAUUAUUAUGGCAGCCCUUGUUUUAAGUUGUGAGCUGAAAUCUGCCCCGCCUCCACUCAUAUUGUAUGUGAUUUUGAAUUUGUGGGCUUGCCAGUUUGCUUCAAGUGCCAGCAGCUUUGCAGUGCAGCAGUUCAAAGACACAUUGGCUUUAAUCAGGCCAAGACGGUUGGUACUGGCUUGAAUAGUGUUCACUGAAAGCCACUCUGCCUUGUCUGAAUACCACUAUAUUCAUAGUGGAAAUAAACAUAAAAUAUGGCUAUUUUCAUAUAAACAGCGAUGACCAAUAUGGCUCAUAAAUGUUCCACAAAAUGGCUUUUCUGAGACUGAAGUCUGUACAGACUUUUAGAAUAGGACUAUCUGUUUGAAAACAACCUUGUAGUUUGCAGUGCAUUUGACUUGCAGCCAAGCCGCUAGAGUUGGCCUCAAUUGUGCAUAAAAGUUGAGUAGAAUCCUGCUGCAUUAAUAGCUGUCAUUUUGCAAGAUGCCACAGAUUCAAAAGGUGUCGUGAUGCAAAUUCAGUAGAUGAGUGAUGUGCAAUAACUGAGAUUCUUAAAUAUUAAUUUUAUACUUUCUCUUUUACCCAUUUUCCUUUUGCAAGCCUUAUUGAUGUACACUCGUUAAAAUUCUAAAGUUUGAACUGAAUUUCCAUCUUUACCGACUUCUUUGAAGAAAAGCACUUUUAUUAUUCAAGAAAAAUUCUUGUGCAUAAGCAAAAUGUUUUUUUGGCAAGAAUUCAAAUUUGGAAUUAAUUUUCUGUUUAACAUUAUUUCAGUAGGAGCCAAUUAAAAGAAAACCAAAAAAUAGUAUGGUAGUAAGUUUCUUUGCUUUAAGUUUGAAGUCUCAGUUUGUAAAACUUGCUAAAUGUCAAAAUGUGAUACCAUUAUCUUUGCGGUCUGUUUCAAAAGUUUUACCUAAAAUAUUUGACUGAUUUACUGCCAUUUAAUAUCAAUUAAGCAUGGUGCUGAUUUAAUUUUUAAUUGUCAGAAAUGAAGUUAAUUUUAGAAGUUUUAGAAAUAUUUUUUGUUGUAUUUUCACAAUCCUAAUAAAUUCCUUUUGAGAAUC